CUGAGCAAACGCAUUUCGCUUUCAAUUGUCAGCUGAAAGUUUUGAGCCAAUGGGUCGUGAGCGUAAGAGAUACGAAUCGGUGCGUAAUCGGCAGCGUUCCCGUUCGCGUUCACCACAUCGUCCGACGCGUCCGACGCGUUCGACUCCCAUCACCUUUGAGUUCUCCAAGCCCAAGGAGCGCAAGCCGCGCAGUCACUCCUCGUGGGACAUAGCGCCGCCUGGCUAUGAGCAUUUGUCUCCCGCUCAGUACAAAUUGAUGCAGGCGAGCGGUCAAAUCGCCUCCAGAAUUAUACCGGAUGCACCGCCAACUGGGGAGUCGGCCACAAUUGCCACAGUGACGCGUCAGGCGCGUCGUUUGUACGUGGGCAACAUUCCAUUUAGCACAACGAAUGUGGACAUGAUGGAGUUCUUCAAUGAGAAGCUGCAGCUGCUGUUUGACGCAUCGGCACAGGUGGGCAAUGCCAUACUCAGCUGCCAGGUGAAUCUGGACAAGAACUUUGCCUUUCUGGAGUUUCGCUCGAUGGACGAGGCGACGGUUGCGAUGAGCUUCGAUGGCAUUUUGUAUCGCGGGCAGACGCUCAAGAUACGGCGACCACAUGAUUAUCAUCCGGUGAGCUUUGGCAAUAAUCUGGAGCAGCCCAAGGCUAGAAAGUUCAAUGUGCUGGAGUCUGGAGCUGAGCCUGUGGUCAUUUCACCACUGGUGCCCGAUUCGCCGCAUAAGAUUUAUGUGGGCGGGCUGCCCAUUUGCUUGGAGGACGAGCAAGUGAAGGAGCUGCUUGUGACCUUUGGACAGCUGCGUGGCUUCAACUUGGUCAAGGACACGCUGACGGGUCUGAGCAAGGGCUACGCCUUCUGCGAAUAUGCAGAUCCCAGUCUCACCGAACAGGCCAUUGCCAGUCUCAAUGGCAUGCAGCUGGGCGAUCGCAAGCUCGUGGUGCAGCGCUCCUUGGCCGGCGUGCGCAAUGUGGCAAGCACUCAGUUGCCGGUGCUGCAAGUUCCGGGACUUGCCGCUGAGCUCAACUCAACGGCGGAUGAUGCCACCGAGGUGCUUUGUCUGCUCAAUAUGGUGCUGGCCGAGGAGCUGCAGGAUGACGAGGAGUACGAGGACAUACGCAGUGACAUUAAGCAGGAGUGCGCCAAGUACGGCAAGGUCAAGAGCCUCAAGAUUCCGCGCCAGAGCGAUCAGAAGUCUCAGUCGGGCUGUGGCAAGAUCUAUGUGCGCUUUGACUCUGUGGACGAUUGCAAACGGGCUCUCAAUGCGCUAUCAGGUCGCAAGUUCAAUGGCCGCAUUGUCAUGACCUCUUACUACGAUCUGGCCAAAUAUAAGCGCCGAGAAUUUCGUUAGAAUAAAUAAACAACAUUUGUAUUAUUAUUAUAA